AAGUGAAGGGUGCGCUUGGCGGCGGCGGCGGGAGCUGCGGAGUCGGGAAUCAAAACAAAGGGCCUGGGGGGCGGGGGGGAAGGCGGCGGGGUCGGAAUGUGAGCGGAGAAGGAGCUGGCGGCUAAGGGUGGAAGAAUGACGGAAAAGAAAGAUGAAAGAAUGUUGAACCACAUUGUCUGGCUAUGUGAUGGAAGGGAACAGAACUGAGAACCCUUGCAGCAGAACACUUGGAUGGCUUCACCAAGAUAAGGAUGCUAAGCCUUGGCUUUGGAAAUUCUCUGGUUGUUUUUCUCAUCCUGAUCAAACGUUGCCUCUUAAUCCCCAAACGAAAGAGUACAUGGAGAACAAGAAAGCUGCGGUGGAGUUAAAGGAUAUACCAUCUCCUCUUCAUGUUGGCUCUAAACUUUUCCCAGCAGUUCCACUUCCUGAUAUUCAUUCCCUUCAGCAACCAAAAGUACAGCUCUCAGCUGUUCCCAAAGUAAGCUGCUGUGUUCAUUGCCCUAAUGAACCCUCCACUUCCCCCAUGCGUUUUGGUGGUGGUGGUGGCAGUAGUGGAGGUUCUGGGAGCUUGAUUCACACAGGCUCGCUCUUAGACUCACCAAGCGCCAGAACAGUCACGUGUCAAGUAGGGUCAGGGUUUGCUUUCCAGUCUGUGUCUUCACUGCAGAAUGCCUCUACUAGGAACAACUUGGUGGGCCUUGCGAAUGACUUUCCCAGCAUGUGUGUAGAGAGUAGCCUACCUUCCUGCAAGCAUCUACCAUGUUGUGGGAAGCUCCACUUUCAGUCAUGUCAUAGUAACAUACACAAGCUGCAUCAGUUCCCGACUCUCCAGGGCUGCACCUCUGCUGGCUAUUUCCCCUGUUCUGAUUUCCCGAGUGGGGUUCGCGGGCGUUUGGAAGAUCGCCUUUCCCAGUCAGAGCUCACAUCUCACUUGUGCACCAAUUCUCUUCACCUAAAUGUGGCACCUCCAGUUUGUUUAAAGGGCUCACUUUACUGUGAAGACUGUCUAAACAAGUCAGGAAGAAAUAGUAUAAUUGAUGCUGCUAAAAUCUGGCCGAAUAUACCACCUCCAAGUACUCAAUCUGCACCUGGAGCUAUCCCUCUGUGUAAUGGCUGUGGAACAAAAGGGAUGGAGAAGGAGACCUCACUGUUGGCAACCACUCUAGGCAAAGCUCCUUCAAAAUUUGGGUCACCAGAAGUUGCAGUCGCUGGACAGGUGCUGGAGACCCUACCCCCCAUUGGCGUUUUCUGGGAUAUUGAAAAUUGCUCAGUCCCCUCUGGCCGGUCAGCAACGACUGUUGUACAGAGAAUUCGUGAGAAGUUUUUUAGAGGACACAGAGAAGCAGAGUUUAUCUGUGUGUGUGACAUCAGUAAAGAAAACAAGGAAGUUAUUCAGGAACUAAAUAAUUGCCAGGUAACUGUUGCUCACAUAAACGCUACUGCAAAGAAUGCUGCUGAUGACAAGCUCCGUCAGAGUCUUCGAAGGUUUGCAAAUACGCAUACUGCUCCCGCUACUGUGGUUCUUGUAUCAACUGAUGUCAAUUUUGCACUGGAACUCAGUGACCUGAGGCACAGGCACGGUUUCCACAUCAUUUUGGUGCAUAAAAACCAAGCCUCUGAAGCCUUGCUGCAUCAUGCUAACGAGCUGAUCAGAUUUGAAGAAUUCAUUUCUGAUUUACCCCCCAGGUUACCACUGAAGAUCCCUUGCCACACUUUGCUCUAUGUGUAUAACCUACCAGCAAAUAAAGACGGCAAGAGCAUCAGCAACAGGCUUAGGCGCCUGUCUGAUAACUGCGGUGGCAAAGUGCUGAGUAUAUCAGGCUGCAGUGCAAUUCUCCGCUUCAUAAACCAGGACAGUGCAGAGCGGGCCCAGAAGCGAAUGGAAAAUGAAGAUGUCUUUGGUAACAGGAUCAUUGUGUCAUUUACUCCAAAACAUAGAGAGUUCCUUGAAACCAAGAACUCAAAUGCAAUUGCCGAUAAGGCGAAGUCUCCCAAAAAAAUUAAGAACUCAAAAUUGUGCCUCAUCAAAGACACAAGUGAACAGUCACCCAAUGCCAAAGCCAUGCCUGGCAAAGGGUUGCAGGCAAAUUCUGGAUCUGCUACAAAAAACACAAACAUUAAAAGUUUACAGGAGCUAUGCCGAAUGGAGUCAAAGACUGGCAGCAGAAACGGCGAGCACCAGCAAGGCCAUGGGAGGUUGGCAGCACUGCCUGAUGGUGGCCUAAGCACUUCAGUGCCCACUCUGAAGAACACAGGCAUGAUGGAGCCACUUUACAGAAGCAAUCAGAAAAAAGAGAAUGUCAGUUCCCAGAGUGCUGCCAGCUCUCCUGUAGAGAAGAAGGAGAGAGAGGAGACUGUCUUCCAAGUGAGCUACCCAUCUGCAUUCAGCAAGCUGAUCGCCUCAAGGCAAGUCAGCCCUCUGCUCAUCUCUCAGUCUUGGUCUCCGAGGAGUAUGUCUCCAAACCUUUUAAACAGAGCUUCGCCACUUGCUUUCAAUGUUGCCAGUCCCAGCAGCAGUGCUGACUGCCCAGACCCGUUUGCGAAUGGUGUUGACAUCCAGGUCAGCAAUGUGGACUAUAGGCUGUCCCGGAAGGAGCUGCAGCAGCUCCUCCAGGAGGCCUUUUCCAGGCACGGCCAGGUCAAGAGUAUUGAGCUCAGUCCUCAUACCGAUUACCAGCUCAAGGCCAUUGUGCAGAUGGGAAACCUGCAAGAAGCAAUCUGUGCAGUGAACAGCCUCCAUAGGCACAAGAUUGGCAGCAAGAAAAUUCUGGUCUCAUUCUCUGUGGGAACUGCCAACAAAUCACUUUCUUUGCUAAGCACAGAAACAGUCUCUGUUCUUCAGGACGCUCCCGCCUGCUGUUUGCCUCUCUUUAAAUUUAUAGACACCUAUGAAAAGAAGUAUGGACACAAGUUAAAUGUGUCUGAUUUAUAUAAAUUAACAGACACAAUUGCAAUCCGUGAGCAGGGAAAUGGGCGGCUGGUGUGUCUCUUACCCAGCAGCCAGGCCCGCCAGAGCCCCCUGGGCUCUUCCCAGUCACUUGAUGGCUCCUCCACGAACUGCAGCCCAGUUCUUUUUGAAGAGUUGGAAUAUCAUGAACCUGUCUGCAGGCAGCACUACUCUAACAAGGACUUCAGUGAACAUGAAUUUGAUCCAGACUCUUACAAGAUCCCUUUUGUGGUCCUUUCUUUGAAAGCGUUUGCACCUCAAGUUCAUAGUCUUCUCCAGACCCAUGAGGGCGCUGUGCCUUUGCUAAGCUUUCCAGAUUGCUAUGCUGCGGAGUUUGGUGACCUAGAAAUCGUGCAAGACAGCCCCAGGGGUGUCCCUUUAGAGCACUUCAUCACCUGCAUUCCAGGAGUGAACAUUGCCAGUGCUCAGAAUGGUGUCAAAGUAGUGAAGUGGAUUCACAACAAGCCCCCACCUCCCAACACUGACCCUUGGCUUCUGCGUUCUAAAAGUCCUGUGGGUAAUCCCCAGCUGAUCCAAUUCGGUAGAGAAGUAAUUGAUUUACUGAAGAAUCAACCGUCUUGUAUACUACCAAUUAGCAAUUUUAUCCCUUCAUACCAUCACCAUUUUGCAAAGCAGUGUCGAGUUUCAGAUUAUGGCUAUUCCAAGCUGAUUGAACUAUUAGAAGCAGUGCCUCACGUGUUACAGAUUCUUGGAAUGGGCUCCAAACGUCUGCUGACCCUCACUCAUAGGGCCCAGGUGAAGCGCUUUACUCAGGAUUUACUAAAACUUCUCAAGUCCCAGGCCAGCAAGCAGGUCAUUGUGAGAGAGUUCUCACAGGCUUAUCAUUGGUGUUUCUCAAGGGACUGGGAUGUCACAGAAUAUGGUGUAUGUGAAUUGAUUGAUAUCAUAUCAGAGAUCCCAGACACAACCAUCUGCUUGUCCCAACAAGAUGAUGACAUGGUCAUUUAUAUCCGUAAAAGAGAACGAACUCAGGAUGAGAUCGAGAGGACAAAGCAGUUCUCCAAGGAUGUUGUGGACCUGCUGCGCCACCAGCCCCACUUCCGGAUGCCAUUUAACAAGUUCAUUCCCUCUUACCACCACCACUUUGGCAGACAGUGCAAGCUUGCAUACUAUGGAUUUACCAAGCUCCUUGAACUUUUGGAAGCCAUACCUGAGAUUUUACAAGUAUUGGAAUGUGGAGAAGAGAAAAUCCUGACUUUGACUGAAGUGGAGAGGUUUAAAGCUCUAGCUGCCCAGUUUGUUAAGCUUCUGCGGUCCCAAAAGGAUAAUUGCCUUAUGAUGACAGAUCUGCUCACAGAAUAUGCUAAAACUUUUGGUUAUACAUUUCGUCUACAAGACUAUGAUGUCAGUUCGGUCUCUGCUUUGACACAAAAACUCUGCCAUGUUGUAAAGGUUGCUGACCUGGAGUCUGGCAAACAGAUCCAGCUGAUCAACAGGAAGUCUCUGCGGUCUCUCACUGCCCAGUUGCUGGUGUUGUUGAUGUCUUGGGAAGGAGAUGCCUAUCUUUCUGUUGAUGAGCUCAGGAGACAUUAUGAAACCACCCACAGUACUCCUCUCAACCCCUGCGAAUAUGGAUUCAUGACCUUGACUGAGCUACUGAAGAGUCUGCCUUACUUAGUGGAGGUGUUUAUGAAUGAUAAGGCAGAAGAGUAUGUGAAGCUCACAAGCCUAUACUUGUUUGCAAAGAAUGUACGGUCUUUGCUUCACACCUAUCACUACCAGCAGAUUUUCCUUCAUGAAUUUUCCAUGGCCUAUACCAAGUAUGUUGGAGAAACACUGCAGCCCAAAACAUAUGGCUACAAUAGUGUGGAGGAGCUACUGGGAGCCAUCCCACAGGUGGUCUGGAUUAAAGGACAUGGUCAUAAGAGAAUUGUAGUAUUAAAAAAUGACAUGAAAAAUCGGGUAAGCUCCCUUGGUCUGUUCCCUGCCAGUCAUGAAGACCAGCCUGCCGUCAGCAUGCAGAUCCUGGAGGUGCCAGAAUCCUGUGUAGCAUCAGAACUCCAGCUCAGAACAGGUACUAGGUACUGGAAGAAAAGCAACAAAGUAGGCAAAGCCUUAAAGUUCCAGGAGGAGGAUUGGGGGCCCAGCCAGAUGGAGCAGGAGCUUCUGCACUUGGCCAACAGCUCCCCUGUUGACCUCCUCUGUGCUCCUGUCCCUUCCUGCCUGCCGUCCCCUCAGCUAACUCCAGAUCCUGUCAUCCUGCAGCCCGCUGAUCUCAUUCAGUUUGAAGAACGUCCUCAAGAGCUUCUGGAAACUGUAGUUUUAAGCCAAGAAGAAAAAGCUGAGAUUCCAGCACCAGUGAAGAAGGGGGGGCUCCCGCCCUGCGACUCCUGCUCGCCCUGCAGCCCAGCAUCUGUCCCCACUCCUCCAAGUCCCUCUUUGGAAGCCCAUGAACCACUGUUCAGCAAGGACACAGUGGAAAGCCCAGCCAAAAAGCAGCCCAAAAAUAGAGUCAAAUUGGCAGCCAACUUUUCUUUUGCACGUAUAACCAAACUUUAACUCCCAUUUGAACACACAAUUUCGUUAGGAUGGGAAAAACUGACUCUACACACAAAAAUGGGCUUAAAAACCUCAUUUUCUGUCUUGACCCCAGAAGCCAUUUUUAUAGACAGUCCGUAGGGUGAUGUUCCUUUUGAACUUUCAGAUGAACUUUUUCUUUAUUUUUCCAAGUUAUUUGACAGAACUCUGGCCUUCAUUAAGGAAUCCAUAAUAUAUUUACCAAAUGUUUCUAAACUAUUGUGAAAUGUGGUGGGAGGGAGUAAGCAGCAGUUACUCAGCAGGAAGUGGAUUAACUCCCACUGAGCAGCCUCUGUCCUCUGCUUAAGCAAAUGGCCUUGUGGUUGUUGGAGAAGCCAAGCAUGUCCAGGAACCUGUGGGUCACACACACGGGGACGAAUGAGUGGUAGGAGAGCCAUUUUCAGGCUGACAUAGGAAGGUUCCUGGUUUCCAGGUGACUUCUUGGUGUGCCUUGUUUUUUAUUUUACUAUGUCUGUGGUUGACCAGUGUGGCUUCAUCCCAAUUUUUUUUUUUUAAUGUUUCCAUUUGAGAAUUCCAUUUAGGAGCUUUCUAGAAAAUUGUUUCAUGCUUCCCUUUUCUGUUCCAGUUUGCUAAGGAUCAGGUUUAGGAAAGGAGAUGGUCUUGGUGUCAUGCAUUUAAAGUCAGCAUUUGAGUGACGGCACACAUUACUAUGUGUUGAGAGGUGGUGUUGGAAAGAGUCUGAUUUUUUUAAACUAUGCAUCAGAUGCAUAAAUUGUAAAUCAGCCGAGUAGUGAGGUGCUUCAAAAGGAGUGGAGUUGAUACUAUCUCCUCUAGAAAGAGACUGGAGUUCUAUCUAUAAUGUGAAGGCCAAGGUUGAUCAGCCUAACCUUGUUUUUGUAAUUUUAAAGUCAGCUGUAAAGCUGGGAAGCUCUCGAUGUGAAGAUGUGUGUCCAUGUUAGUUUGUCUUGUCUUUUAAUAGUGUCUGGUUUUACUGUUACUUCUCGCUAUUGGAAGCUUUUUUUUUUUUUUUUUUUUUUUUGUGGUGUCUGAUGUUGGCAUUUGGGAAAAGCCAGCCUUUGUGGGCACCGCCCUGCGGAAUGACCUUCUCUCUGGGUGCCUGAGGUGUCCGCUCAUGAGUGGCCUCUCACCCCUUCUGGAGAGACCUGACAUUUACAAUGGAUUGUAUUUGUUGGGCAAAAAAGGCGGAUCCAUUCAUAGAACAGAAAGAACCUGUUGGCAACAGUCUUCCUCUAGUUAGAUCGUUUCUUUGGUGGGAAAUGUUCAUAUUUUGUUUUUUUCUAGAAAGCCAGAAAAUGGAUUCUGAUUUCAUAACCAGCAGUUUGAUAAAAUGUCACAAAAUUAAAAGCUCUGGAGAGAUUUUUUUUUUAAAACCAAUUGGAUUUUUGUUGCCAAAAUCUUUUAAAUGAAGCCAGUGAUUCCCAGUUCUCAGUACAAAAUGGAGCUGCACUAGAAACGCUCUCUACAGGCUUGCCACACUCUGUGCAAAGCCUCAAGGUACUUCCGUGCGGGCCUGGCCUGGCAACACUUGCACUGCAGAUCUAGCACACGGAAGUACAACGGCACAUGUGCAAUUUCUUUAAGGCUUUUAAGCAAUGUAAUAAAGUUAGUGUUGAGAACAUGGGCUGCCUUAAUCACAGACAUCCUAAGGGUAAGCUCGCCUGCUCAAACUUCAGGUUUGCAAGUGUAGAAGGGAUUAGGUACUUUGAAAACACCAGGUGUCACUAAAGUCACUUGGAGCCAUCUCAGCCAUCAGUUUGUUCUGUGGGCAGCAAAGAAUAAUUGUGCACAGUAAAUGGGCGUUUCUUUGCCAUUUGCUGGAGUUGCCCAUGCGUCUGGGAUGCGUGUAACGAACCACUGCUGCUUAAAGAUGUGGAAGCUCAUUGAGUCUGUGAUAUGCCAACCUCCAGUGACCAUCCAGUCACUAUUUCUUUCUCCAGAGGCUUAGAUGCUGCUGCUGUGAUGUAUGGAGAUGACAAGACACUCUGGGUGGAAAGAUGUACCAGAUUAGAUUUAUCUGUUAAGAAGAAAAAAGUUACCACCAAAAUCCCCUUUCCCACCCUGCACUGUUUGCUUUUGAUCAGACUUCGGGGACAAGAUGUUUUCCUCAACUGUCUACUUUGUUUGAACUCCCCCCCCCCCCCGUGGUUCAAGUGCUGUUUGUGUGUUGGGACCAAACAGUUGUCAAUAAACUUUAUGAGCAAGCACCUA